AGGGGAAUUGGCUCCCGUGCUGGGUUGGCCCCACGUGUACGGUGUUUGCCGACUGAACAGUCAGUCCUGGGAGGGGUUCACCCGCCGCCCGGAGUUGGAGGCUGCGGAGGGAGAGGUUUCAGACCUCUCCGGCUUGACAGUCUUCUGUGAACUGUUAUGAUGGAGGUCAAAGGGAAGAAAAAAUUCACAGGAAAGAAUACAAAGUUAUCACAAGAAAAAAAUAGAUUUUAUAAAAACAGUGAUUCCAGUUCUUCAAAGACAUUCCCAAGAAAAGUUGUUAAGGAAGGUGGAACUAAAAUCACAUCUAAGAACUUUGAGAAAGGUGCCACAAAACCAGGGAAAAAGGGUAUAAAACAGUUCAAGAAUAAGCAACAAGGGGACAAAGGACUGAAGAACAAAUUGCAGCUUGCAAAUAAGAAGAGAAAAUUCCAGCCAGACAGUAAAAGUGAUGAAUCAGCAGCCAAGAAACCCAAAUGGGAUGACUUCAAAAAGAAGAAGAAGGAACUGAAGCAGAGUAGGCAGCUCAGUGACAAAACCAACUAUGACAUUGUUGUUCGAGCAAAGCAAAUUUGGGAAAUCUUAAGAAGAAAAGAUUGUGACAAAGAAAAAAGAGUGAAGUUGAUGAGUGACUUGCAGAAGUUGAUUCAAGGGAAAAUUAAGACUGUAAGUAGAGUGUUUGUUUUUAGUCAGGCCAAAAAUACUGUGUUUGACUGCAACCCAUUAUCACAUGAGGUCACAAAGUUUCAGAUUGUGCAGCAUUACAUAUUUGAGUUAGAUAUUCUCAUCGUGUAG